AAAAACGACGCAACUUCCGCUUUCGUUUCCGGCGCACAUCCCGGUUAAACUUGACAACUUUCCCCUCCACGAGAACGUUAAACAGAAAGCGGUCAAAAAUGUUAAAAAUGAUCAAGUUAAUCUCCGUCCUGCUGCUCAGCCCGAUGACGUCCUCAGUGAAGGACUCCCUCAGUUUUUUCCUGACCGCCACCUUGGGGGUGCCCAAGAUGCCCAAGUUCAUGGGUGUGGUGAUGGUGAAUAACGAGCCGGUGGGCUACUAUGACAGCCACACCAACGUGGCGGUGCACAAGCAGACCUGGGUCCAGGAGUACCUGAAGAAGGACCGGCAGCACCUGGAAUGGUACGCCGACCAGUGCCGGGCCCACCAGAGCGACUUCAACGCAGACAUUUACAACCUGAAGCGCCGUUCCAACCAGACGGGAGGCGUGCACAUCCUCCAGCGGGUGAGCGGCUGCGAGGUCGACAAGGGCACGGGCGCAGUGAGCGGUUUUAACCGCUACGGCUACAACGGCGAGGACUUCAUCUUGCUGGACAUGGACACGGAGACCUGGAUCGCACCCCAGCGGGCGGCGGAACUCACCAAAGUGAGAUGGGACGCCGAGGUGGCCACCAUCCAAUUCAUGAAGCACUUCUACCUGAACGACUGCGCCCAGUGGAUCGACAACUACAUGGUCUACGCGAGGAAGUUCCUGGACAGAACAGUGCACCCCAAGGUGGCGCUCCUCCAGAAGAUGCCCUGGUCGGUGGUCUGCUGCCACGCCACAGGCUUCUACCCGGACCACACAGCCAAGAUGUUCUGGAGGAAAGAUGGCAAGGAGGUCCGAAACCACGUGGCAGCCGGGGAGAUCCUGCCCAACCACGACGGAACCUUCCAGAAGAGCGUGUACCUCAACGUUUCUGCCGUUCCGGAGGAUGAGUGGGCUGAGUACGAGUGCGUCUUUUAUUUUGACAACGGCGCCCAGGACGAGAUGGUCACCGCGCUGGACAAAGCUGUGAUCAAAACCAACGAUUUGCUGCCCGGUUCGGUGUUUGGAGGAACUGUGAUGGUUCUGCUCCUUCUCGCGGCCGGCGUUCUCGUGGCCGGCGUUCUUGUGGCUUGCAGGUUUCGGAGAAGAAAAGAUAGCGGUGAGUACCAGAAAUUCAUGAGAAUACUGAUCCAUGUUCUCCUUCCCUCUUUCUGUCUCAAGAUUCCACUCUGUGACCGUUAAGACCACUUUGUUUGGGAACAUACUGGAGAGAUCUAUUGAUUGAUGAAUUGAUCAAUUGAUUGGAAUGUUUUGUCCUUCAGGCAUACGACUUCUACCAGGUCAGCACACGCAUGCUGUACAAUUUGAUGACAGCUAACUUGUUGUGAUGGUGUUUUUAAAUCCAAAUGUGAAAGAGCCAUCAAGUUGUUUUUCGACUGUAAAUUAACUGGAUUUUUAUUAU